AGAAAGGUCAACAAUCGACGCGAGAGGAAGCGUCAGAUUAAUAUCCCCCCCAGGAAUAUAAUCCCGUACGAGAUUAUAUCAGACGUCGGCGUGUUCGCUGCUCACUGACCGGGUUUGGGACUGCAUUUUUGAAUACCGGGCGUUUCCGACUUUUCUGUUGGUCCCGCUGAAAUGCUAAUGUUAGCCACCGAGCUGCUGCAUUGUUGUCGCUUUCGCUCCAGCCAGCGCUGCCUCGACGGGGUGAAAGGUACGAGACUGGCCGAGUGAUGUUUUUCUAUCCGACCCGGGGAGAUGGAUGAGAAGUCCAGCGGCGGCGGCAGCCACCACAGGCUGCUGGUCGUCCUGCUCAUGGUGCUGCUCUUCGGCGUCAUCAUGGUCCAGUAUGUUUGCCCGAGCAAGUCCGAGUGUGAGAUGCUGCACCAGCUGGGCUCCUGGUUCAAAGCUGACAGCUCAGGUCGGACCUCCAGUGAUGCCCAGGAUGUCCUCCAGAAAGACCCAUACAUGGCAGAAGACGGCGCCCUGGUCCGAUUUGUGCCUCGAUUCAACUUCUCCAGAGCUGACUUGUACCGUGCUGUGGACUUUAACAUCAAGGGAGAUGACGUGAUCGUGUUUCUGCACAUCCAGAAGACUGGCGGUACCACGUUUGGUCGGCACCUGGUGAGGAACAUCCAACUGGAGAGACCCUGUGAGUGUCAUGCAGGUCAGAAGAAGUGUACAUGUUACCGGCCGGGUAAGAAAGAAACCUGGCUCUUCUCUCGCUUCUCCACCGGAUGGAGUUGUGGUCUUCAUGCCGACUGGACCGAGCUGACAAGAUGCGUCCCAUCACGCAUGGAUUCACGGGAGGCCCCCAGAAACCUGCCCAGUAGGAACUAUUACUACAUCACCAUCCUGAGAGAUCCGGUGUCACGGUACCUGAGCGAGUGGCGCCAUGUGCAGCGAGGAGCAACUUGGAAGGCCUCUUUACAUGUGUGUGAUGGCCGCUCGCCGACGCUGUCGGAGCUCCCCAGCUGCUACCCAGGAGACGACUGGUCUGGUUGCUCCUUACAAGAGUUCAUGGACUGUCCUUACAACCUGGCCAGUAACCGACAGACACGCAUGCUGGCGGAUCUCAGCCUGGUGGGCUGCUACAACGUGUCAGCCAUGAGCGAGGACGAGCGCUGGGGGGUUCUUCUGGAGAGUGCCAAGCGCAACCUCCGUGGGAUGGCCUUCUUCGGACUCACCGAGUAUCAGCGCAAGACGCAGUAUUUGUUCGAGCGAACCUUUAACUUGGAGUUCAUCGCGCCAUUCACCCAGCUCAAUGGCACGCGAGCGUCCAGCGUGGAGGUCCCACCUGAGACCCAACGCAGAAUUCGCCAGCUCAACCAGUGGGACGUUGAGCUGUACGAGUACGCGCGCGACCUGUUCCUGCAGCGCUUCCAGGUGACCAGACAGCUGGAGCGCAGACGGGCCAGAGAGAGGCGGCAGCAGGAAAGGAGGCGGCUGCGUGAAAGGCUGACGCCGAAGCAGGCGCGUCAAGCCAAGCCCACGGAAACACCUGAAAAACACAGUGUGGGCGCUGAGGAGCAACAGGGGAGGAAGACGGAGGAGGAGGCUGAAGCGCUGCUGCCAGACUGGUGGGACCUGGGGGAUAAUGCUACCAUGGAGGACUACAUGGACAAUGUGGAGCAGUGGUGACUUACCAAGGGUUUCAAGCGAAUAAUAGGUCAAAAAACGUAAAAAAAAAUGGGCUAGCAAUUCUUUGUUGAUCCAACCAAGAGAUUUAAGUUUUAUUCCUAAAGUCUUUCUUUUAUAAUUCCUCUCCACUGCACCGUCUUAUCUCUGUCAUGACUUGCUUAUUUCCUGGUCUUGAGUGGUUCUUUGUGGCCAAACUAGGCAGACGUCCUCUCCCUUUAUGGUCCGCUGUUUUCCUGCGAGCGAGGCAUGUCUGGAAAAAACGCCAAAGAAAGUCAUCCGGUACUCCGUCACUCUGAGCCUGCCAUUUAAGCAAGGUGAUAUUGAUUCGGAUUUUAAUAUAUUUGUGAGUGACAAGGGACACGCUUGAGUGUUGCCACCAUCUAUUUUAGUUGCCACAUUUCGGGUACUUUUCUACCCCUGAGCAAUACCAAAUGUGUAGCGUGCUCACUUUUUUUAUGCUGACGGAUGUUUACAGAAUGUUUAUUUGCUGACAUUCUUGCCAGAUCAGUCUUGUAUUACGUUCCUCCUGCACCAACGCAUGAAGUGGUGAGGGAUCUAGUCUUGGUAUCCUGUUGCCAGUUGGAGCCGGUUCUCAUUGCCUAGAAAGAAACGUGACAAGAAGUCACAAUCUGCCUCAGCCCUUCAUAGAAAGGCCUGUCACUGGAGUGAAACCCAUCGCAGCCACUCACCCUGGAUCAUGUCAGUGGAUGGAUUCUCUUAUUUAUAUGAAACUAUCAUAUUUAUUUUACCAGAUAUCAGCAUUAUUCAGAUUCCACCGAUGGAAACGAUUCGGUUUUUAGUUUGUGCUGCAAAUUAAUGAAUGGAAAUUUGUCACUCUUCAAAUGUGACGUGAAAACUAGAACGAAUGAUGUCCGUUUUUGCCCAGGAGAAGCUUGCGCAAGUCAAGGUUUUCUAUAGACAUCUACUGGGAAAAGAAUCAUGAGCCAAUAGAAUCUGCUGAUUCAAUCCCAUGUAAUGAGUCUUGAACAAAGGAGCAGCUCUGUUUGCCGGUGACUCGCCAGCAGAUCGUACGCCCUCAUCAGCUGUUAGAAAUGUGACUGUCAUUUGCAAUAAGCUAAAAUCCCAGCAGGGACGGGCUGGGAGACGCUGGUGUCUUAAUACUGAAUGUGUCUAUUUUCUGCCUUGUUUGGAUCUGGAGUCGGCUAUUUUUAGUGUGUGUCUGUUUCUUUGCUGGUCUAGGUGUAAACUUCAAUUGAUUGUACGUCCUCACUUUCCAUAGCAUUAAUAGUGAUAACUGUUGAGCCUGUGAUCAGUUUCUUUUCACAAUCGAGUGAAUAUAGUGCCUUAAAGCAUUAAUCUCAUUUGUACUUACAAGUGGUGAUAUGCUGGUGAUGGAUCCAAAACAAAAUACAUUUCUUUUCACAGCAAAAUUUAAGAUAUGUCCUGACACCUGCAUGAAUAAUCUGACCAUUGUUGGUCUUCACUGCAGCCCUUCUUGUCACUUGUCACAAUUAUCCUUGGAUACGAUGCAUGUAUUUCCAAAUUCUAAUCUUCAGAAAGCAAAAAUUUAGGCUCCAUCCAGAGGCUCUGAUCAAGGACUAAAACCCAUUUGUUCUUUCCUUAUAAGAACUCGUGUUGGUGUGAGGUAAACACUGAUGAAGCGCUUUUUACAUUACAGUAUUGUAAUUAUGUGAAUCAAUUUUAUAAGUCAUGACGACUCCAUGAUUUUCAGUGCAAGUCUUCCUGCAUACGUACACAGUGAAAACACGGUAUUCACUCAUUGUGUUUAAUGUAAUCCCACUGGAUUUUAAAUGUUAUUACCCAUAAGCUUGGCAAGUGUCAUCCGCUUCCUUCCAAAGUGUGAUACUAAGUAAUAAACGUGUGUUUGUCUUUUCUUUAUGAUGAACACUUCUCUGCCUGACAUUGACAAUUGUUUUGUCCUAAAUUCAAACCCUUCGUGUGUCUUUUAAGUAACAGAAAAAUCAAUACCUCAUCUCUGCAACGGUUUUGCUUCGGUUGUAAAACGGAAUGAUUUGUCACAUUUUUGCUUUUUGUA